AUCUGCAAGGGCCACGCGCGCAGGUGGGGUCUUGUGCAGUGCGGGGACUUAGAGGAGCGUGGAGAUAGGGAAGGACUCGUGAUGUGGGCUGGGUUCCCAGGCUGUGCAGUGACCCCCACCUCCCCGCCCUGGGGCAGCAGCUCCUAGAACCUGAGGGAUGUGCGCCGCCUGCAUGGGGGACGCCCAGCCGAGAGCAGAGUUGUAAACUCGGAUGUUGGGCAGAGAGGAGCCAGCCAAGAUCCAGGUUGUUCGGGAGCAAGAAAGAGUCUGUGUCUGGAAUGCACGGGAAUCCGGGGCUGUUUGCACCCCAGACCCUCCAAAGCACAACAGCAUAAAGAAGGAUCGUCACCAUCCACCGCUCAGCACAAACAGCCCUCUUCUCCAACCUCCUAACCAAGGCCACCAAGAUGGUACGAGAACAGUACACCACAGUCACGGAGGGUACCCACAUCGAGCGGCCUGAGAACCAGCAUGUCUACAAGAUCGGGAUUUAUGGCUGGAGGAAACGCUGCCUCUACCUCUUUGUUCUUCUCCUGCUCGCCACCCUGGUUGUGAAUCUCGCUCUCACGAUCUGGAUUCUGAAAGUGAUGUGGUUUUCUCCAAUAGGAAUGGGUCAUUUGCAUGUAACACAAGAUGGACUUCGCCUGGAAGGGGAAUCUGAGUUUUUAUUUCCACUGUAUGUCAAAGAAAUACGCUCCAGAGUGGACUCAUCUCUGCUUCUGCAGUCAACUCAGAAUGUGACAGUCAGUGCUCGCAACUCAGAAGGGGAUGUCACAGGCAGGGUGAAAGUGGGUGCCGAAAUGGUAGAAGUCCAGAACCAGCGCUUUCAGAUCAGCUCUGAGAACGGCAAGCCGCUGUUCACCGCCGAGGAGCAGGGUGUGGUGGUCGGCACGGGCAGACUGCGAGUCACGGGGCCGGAAGGAGCUCUUUUUGAACACUCAGUGGAGACACCCCUCGUCAGAGCUGACCCAUUUGAAGACCUUAGGUUAGAAUCCCCAACCCGGAGUCUAAGCAUGGAUGCCCCGAGGGGGGUUCACAUUAAAGCUCCCACUGGGAAAAUGGAGGCCCUUUCUCAAAUGGACAUCGUCUUGCAGAGUAGUGAUGGACUGCUGGUGCUUGAUGCUGAAACUGUGGCUUUGCCCAAGCUGAAGCAGGGGACACCGGGUCCCUCUGUCACCUCUACGGGGUCCUUUGAGAUUUGUGUGUGUCCUGAUGGGAAGCUGUACCUGUCUACGGCUGGGGAGGCCACCACCUGCGAGGAACAGAGCCACAUCUGUCUCUGACCGCCACCUCUUCUGCAGAGCACAAUGUCGUCUUGAUGAGCCGAGAGCUGUGGCCUCAGCCUUCGUGUCCAUGGCAGCUGGAUGGGAGCUGGAGGCUCAUUGCUAAAGCACUUAGAUGCAUGAAGGGGAUGGGGGGGUGUGCCGACGGAACUGUUGGGCCCAAACUGCCUGGUUUCAGAAUGGCACAAAGAAAUGUCAAGAACUUACUCACUGGAUUUUCGUCUUUCUAGCCUCCCUCCACGUCUCCCAUGUUGAACUGCUGUCUGGAAGCAGCAGUUUAUAGUGCUCAGCUAUCUCUUCACAUACAUACAGCUGGCUGGUGGAUUCUAAAGUGCCCCAACUCUGCCCAGCCCUUCCUUAACCUUAAACCUCAAGUGCUCCCUUCAGCCAAGUAUAGUGUGGGAGGUUUUACCAAGAGAUCUCCAGGGUUUGAAGGGAAUUUGAGGUUGAUGGAUUUUCAAUAGAUAGUUAAGGAAAGACACCACACAAAAUUAGUCAUGCUUUUUAUAUACAUACCUGUGAGCAAUAAAAAUGACAUUUUUUUCAGACCAGA